AUGCGUUACCAAGCUGCCGCUGCCACUGCUUUUGUUGCGGGCUUCACAUUCUUCCAGAGCUGUCCUGCUCCUGUCUGGCACCUGGUACCCGCCAUCGCCGGUAUUGUCGUUCAAGUCCUCGAGAUCAUCGUCAAGGAGAUCGACAAGCGGGACAUUACUGGCGAAGACGGGUUCGAAAUCGAAGCCAAAGUCCAGCUAAACAAUGAGCUCUACAACCGAGGCAAAUAUUGUAUGGAUGUUCCCAACGGUGUCCCCGAAAACGUCAUCGAGAACUGCUGCAAUUCUCUGAGGGGCGCACACAUCAAGGUAACCGGAGAUAACCCUAAGUCUGGCAUCAAGAUCACGGGUAUCCCCUACCCUUGCAUUUCUGCUGCUCCCUGGUUCGAUGGAGUUGGAACCGUCCCGUUUGCUUGCGGCGACGACUGCCUUCAGUAUGCAGAUCUAACCAACGACGAGUACACUCAGGUGCGCAACGCGUUCUUGAGCAAGGCACACAAAUAA